AACUGUACUAUAUAUUUAUAAUAACCAAAUAUUAGAUUACUUGUUGAAUAUAAUAAAUAUUUUAUUCAAUAACACAAACAAAUCAAAUUUUAUAAAAUAUUUUUAAACAAAGAAAAUUUUUUUUAUUUCAAUUUAUAUAAAUAUAUAAACAAUACAUAAAAAUGAACGCUUUACCUUUAGAUGAAUGGGUUGAACAAGCUAGAAGCUGUCGUUAUCUUCCAGAAAAUGAUUUAAAAAGACUUUGCGAAAGAGUUAAAGAAUUAUUAUUAGAAGAAUCAAAUGUUCAACCAGUUAGAUCACCAGUUACCAUUUGUGGUGAUAUCCAUGGUCAAUUUUAUGAUCUUUUAGAAUUAUUUAAAACUGGUGGUGAAAUUCCAGAUACUAACUAUGUCUUCAUGGGUGAUUUCGUCGAUAGAGGUUAUUACAGUUUAGAAACUUUCACAUAUUUACUUGCCCUCAAAGCUAGAUAUCCAGAUAAAAUUACUUUAUUAAGAGGUAACCACGAAUCAAGACAAAUUACUCAAGUAUAUGGUUUUUAUGAUGAAUGUCAACAAAAAUAUGGUAAUGUUAACGCAUGGAAAUAUUGUACUAGUGUUUUCGAUCUUUUAACUUUAGCUGCUAUUAUUGAUGGUAAAGUUCUUUGUGUUCAUGGUGGUUUAUCACCAAAGGUUCGUACCUUAGACCAAAUUAGAAUUAUUUCAAGAAACUUAGAAAUUCCACAUGAAGGUCCAUUCUGUGAUUUAAUGUGGUCUGAUCCAGAAGAUAUCGAACAAUGGCAACCAAGUCCACGUGGUGCCGGUUGGUUAUUCGGUUCAAAAGUUACUGCCGAAUUUGAACACAUCAAUGGUCUCGAACUUAUUUGUCGUGCUCAUCAACUUGUACAAGAGGGUUAUAAAUAUAUGUUUGAUAACAGCUUAGUUACUGUUUGGUCCGCACCAAACUAUUGCUAUAGAUGCGGUAAUGUAGCUUCAAUUCUUUCAUUAAAUGAAAACUUAGAAAAAGACUUCAAGAUCUUCCAAGCCGUUCAAGAUGAAAGAAAUAUACCAUCAACUCGUGCUACCAUGCAAUAUUUCUUCUAAAACCCCACCAACAUUUAUACAUUAUCAACCCAUUAAAAACACAACAACCACUCCUUAUUAAUGCAACCCUCUCAACCCAAACCAUACAAUACACCUCCACCAUUGUUAUAAUUUCAUUUUUGUUUAAUUAUAUUAAAAAAAUUCACACAACAUAAUAAUUGAUAAUAUAUUAUACAAAUACAAACCACUUAUAUUUAUUUUUUCUUUAAAAAUAAUAACAAAAAAAAAAAAAAAAAAAAAUAGUAAAAUAAAAAAUAUAAAAAAAAAAUAUAAAACAAUAUUAAAUAAUAAUUUUAAAAAUAU